AGUCUGCAGUGGUUUUUGCUUUACAGUCAUUUGGCAUUUUUAGCCACUUAUUAUCUUUAUACAUGAAGAUUUUUCCACCCAGAAAAUAUGAACCCAUAAAAUAUGAUCGUUUUAUAGUAUAGUAGUCGACUAAUCAAUUAGUCAUUUUAGAAAACUGAUUGGCAUUUGUUUCAAUGAUUUUUCAUGAGAUAACAUUUCGUUGCUCCAGCUUACACAUGUGAGGAAGUGUUCCCUCUUAGUUUUUAAAUUGAUGUCGCUUUUAAAUCUGGGUGAUCGUUUCCAAAUAUCAGUUUAAAGUAAGCUCCACCUCAACCAACUACAACAGUAAAAUACUGCUUUAACAUUCAUUAAGGAGUAAUGAUAAUCCAAUAACAUAAUAUGUAGCAGUAUCAUACCUAAGUAACAUUUUCAAUUAAAUGAUUUAUCUUGUAAUAGAGUAUUUCUUUUAGUAUUUUGGUAAAAUUAACAAUAACUAUAACAUUUCUGUGCAGAAAUUUAGUUUCAUUAUCUUGGUAUAAGUGCCUUCAAUUAAAGGAUCUGAAUACAGUACUAGUUCCAGCACUAUUAUCAACACCACAUAAUAAGCUAUAUUAGGUAUUUUGUGUCAUGUUACACAUUUGUAGAGAUUCAAUUAAAACAGCAGGGAUGGAAUUAAUAGUCACAACUUUAAGUAACUGUAAGUAAAACACAGCAUAGAAAUAUUACUCUAUAAGUAAGUCAAACAGUCACACAUAUAAUUUACUGUGGUAAAACUAUUGAUGCUUUCAUGUAUAAGGUUUACUUGAAUGUUGUUGCUAGUAAGAUGAGGCCUCGGGAGAAAAAGGCAGUGCAUAAGGAUUUAUUUGUUGAUUUUAUGCUGUUUAAAUAACGUGAAAAUCUAGAUGAAAUAUAAGUAAAAUGAAUCUGCAAAGUAGAAACUAGUAUUUGCAAGUAUAAAGUAGCACAAGGUGGAAUUACUCAAAUAAAUUUGAGGUGUCUCAGACUUCAGUAAUUAAGUAAAUGCUGGUAAAUGCAGUUAAUUAUUUCCCACCAUUUUAACCAGAUACAAACAACCUGUGUUUCUUGUUAAUUAGUCGUAGCUGCUGGCUUUGCAGCUAUUUUGCUUUUUAGAGUUACUAUCACAAAUCCUCACGUAUCAGAAAUGAAACCAGCCUGGUGUAAAGAGUUUUCCCCGCUCCGCGAUCUGACUUGAACGCAGCACAUGACCACAUCGACGAGGGGGAGGGGAGGCUGCAGCGGCGCUCUGAACUACGUUACCCACAAUUCCGUCCGCGCGUCAACAGCAACAGCUAGGAUGUUGCGAUAUCGCUGGCAGCCAAAGACUGCUGUGGUUGCAGAGAUUAGGCUGCUGGGUUGAGACCUCUGUCUCAUGUUUUGAUAGAUGUCAAAUCGUGGGUUUUUGUCGUUUUUGUGACACAGCCGCGACAGACGGAGGCUCUGUUCCGCUGUCGACCCUGCGUCUGUUUGUGUUGACGAGAGGCUUCACCGCGCUAAUGCGUUAGCUUACUAAAAAAAAAAAAAAAUCAUAGUUGUAUCGUUAUUGGAAGCAAUUAAACAGCUAGACGGGCAGCUAUGUGCCACCAUACGGCUCGCCUCGCUUGACUGAGGAUGGAAACAUUUUUUCGGGUAACGCUAUCAGACAAGUUACACGUCGGAUACAUCGCACGCGGAGACAUUAUCUUCAGAGGAUAACCUGGAUAACCUUACACGAAAUGUCAUAGCGCGUAAGUAGCUAGCACUUAGCUAGCUUGGUAAUGGCUGGACGAGAUGGAGAAGGACCUAAUGUUAUCAGCAGCAGCAGCCGCAGCAGCAGCAGCCGACCAUGAACAGCUGGAUGGAUAGCUAAAGAAAGACUUUCUCCGGAGAUGCUUUAGCCUCCUGGGUGGUGUAAUUCACUUACAUAACGGCUAGUCGCAACCGCUCUAGCUAUCACCAACUGGCUUGUGUUGGUGAGCAAAUGGGAAAUUUGCCACCAGGAAUCUGGGUUGUCUCCACAUCAGCAUCGUGAGUGACAGAACCACCACUGCACGUCUUGAGGCUACAAAUAGACUCGAAAGCUCGAGGCGGUCGUUUUGGUUAAAAAUCUCGACCUGCGUUAUCUACUUGUGCAAUAAUUUCAGCCUGCAGGGAAGGCAGGCAGCUCGUCUGUGACUGAAGACACACGCAGACAUAAAAUAAUAACCCUCCUCUUGACGCCUCGACAACAUGAGGAAGUUCUUUGAUUCUCGUCGGGAGUUGGUGAGCUCCGGGCCUGGUUCUGGAGGAGGAGGUGGCAGCUCUGGGUCCAGUCAUGCAGGCGGAAAUUUCAUUGGCAGAGCCUUCACUGUCGGGCGGCACCAAGUCACUGUUGAGGAGAUCAUCGCUGAAGGUGGGUUUGCAAUCGUGUUCCUCGUGAAAACAAAUCAGGGGGUGCGCUGCGCCCUGAAGAGGAUGUAUGUCAACAACGAGCAUGAUCUGCAGGUGUGCAAAUGCGAGAUUCAAAUAAUGAAAGACCUUGUCGGUCACAAGAAUAUCGUUGGUUAUCUGGACUCCAGUAUUACGGCUAUGGGAUCAAGGGAUGUAUGGGAGGUUCUCAUUCUUAUGGACUACUGCAAGGGGGGGCAGGUGGUCAACUUGAUGAACCAGAGGCUGCAGACCGGCUUCACCGAGGCUGAGGUGCUGCAGAUCUUCUGUGACACCUGUGAUGCCGUUUCUCGCCUGCACCAGCGCAAAUCACCCAUCAUCCACAGAGACCUAAAGGUGGAGAACAUCCUCCUGCAUGACAAGGGUCAUUAUGUGCUGUGUGACUUUGGCAGCGCCACCAACAAGUUCCAGAGCCCCCAGACUGAGGGAGUGGCCACCGUGGAGGAAGAGAUUAAAAAAUACACAACUUUAUCAUAUCGUGCCCCUGAGAUGGUGAACCUCUACAACAACAAGAUUAUCACCACAAAAGCAGAUGUCUGGGCACUGGGCUGUUUGCUGUACAAGUUGUGCUUCUUCACUCUGCCCUUUGGUGAAAGCCAGGUGGCCAUCUGUGAUGGCAGUUUCACCAUUCCAGAUAACUCCCGCUACUCUUAUGAUCUUCACUGCCUCAUUCGGUACAUGCUGGAGCCAGACCCAGACAAAAGACCAGAUAUCUACCAGGUGUCCUACUUUGCUUUCAAACUAGCUCAGCGGACCUGCCCUGUUCAGAAUGUGAAGAAUUCUCCAAUUCCAACUAAACUUCCUGAACCAGUCAAAGCAAGUGAGGCUGCUGCAGCAAAGAAGAGCCAGACUAAGCCCAGACUGACAGAUCCAAUUCCCACCACUGAAACCUCCAUCACCCCUCGCCAGAGGCCCAAAGCAGCCCAUACCCAGCCUGCGGCUGGCAUCUUACCCAUCCAGCCUGCUGCUCUCACCCCUCGCAAGCGAGCUAAUCUCCCUGGUGGUGCAGCUCAGCCUGUGGGAGUCAGCCUGGACCUCUCUCAGCCAGCUGCAGCUCUGCAGUCACAGAAGGCACAGACUUCAGUUCUGCCACUCAUCCAGUCACAAAACAAUCCAAGUCAGGCUGCAGCUCAACAGAAGCAGCCAGUGCAGCCAGCCUCAGCUGCCGGAGCAGAGACAGCGGCAGCAGCAGCUGCAAUCGUGUCACCAGUGACGAAGGCUGACGUCCAAGCACAAGCACAGCCAAUAGUUCAGCAACAGACCACGCCUUCUACUGCGGUCGCCGCAGCUUCCCAACCGACAGCCCAGACUCCUUCGAGUCCGGCCCCUCCUCAGCGUCCAGCUCGACGCAGGCAGGCCAGCCAGGCCCAGCAGCCAGCAGCUCAGUCUUCACCCAGCAAAGCGACUGCUAGUCAGCAGCAGAUAACUCAGCCAUCAGCUGCCCAAGCUCAGCCCACCUCCAGCGAGAUCAGCCAAAAAGCAGUUGAGACGACUCCACCUGCUUCUCCAAAGACAACUGAAGAGCGAGGCCACCAACGCACACCGAGCGACGCCGCAGCGAGCACUGUUGCUGGAGUCCCAGUGAGUGACACUUCACAGCAGCCACAAGGAGCUAAUGGAGACGCUGCUCUCAACCAAUCACUUCUAUCUCAAACUAGCACCACCCAGCCUGUUCAGCCCAGUGCUGGUGAUGCAGGGCAGGACCAAAGCAAAGCUGGAGCCACCGUUCCUGUGUCUGGCAGUGCCUCCAACACCCCCACACAGCCGGCAUGGAAUCCUUUUGAUGAUGACAACUUCUCUAACCUCGGCGCUGAGGAAUUCAAAGCUGAGGAGAAAAAACCUGCUGACGCACCUUCAGAACUCGAGCCAACAUCCUCUGAGGAGUUGAUACCAGGCCUGCUGGACUCAACUGUGGAUAUUCCACCCCAAGAAACCGUUGAAAGACCAUCAGCCAUCGUUGAUGUGGAUUCAGGAGCCUCACUGUUGGUUGUCCCUGAUCCUUUUGGAAUCGAUGCACCGGAGAAGCUGAUCGAAGGACUCAAAUCUCCAGACACGUCUUCGCUCAUGCUUCCUGAUCUCUUGUCAUUGUCUGAUCCCUUUGGUGGCUCUGUGGAAGAGUCUGCAAAAGACCCUCUCACUGCAGAUGAUUCUCUCCUGGGCUGCUCUCUUAUCUCCGGUCCGUCCGCUCCUCCAGCAGCUGGCAGUGCCACCUCCUCGGUCUCGUCUGCUCCCAACUCCGCUGCCUCCGCUUUGGAUGAGUUCAGCCUCUUGUCUGGAGACUCCGCACAGCCUAAAGCAGACUCAUCUCUCCUGAUCUCAGACUUUGAGCCCCAACAAGCCAGUGCAGAGGCCGGCGAAGAGGACGAUUUCGAUCCAAUUCCAGUCACAGGCCGAAAGAACUCCCAAGACCUGCAGAGGGAGCUCAACAGCAAUGUGCUGCUGGCCGCUCAGACUGCAGCUUCUGAGGAGAAUAAGAGGCAGAGGAUCCAGCAGCGUACUGCUGCAUGUGUCCAAAAUAAUCACAUGUUGGCAUCAGACGAGAGAAGCGUACAACACACUACUGCACCAGCUAUGUCCACUAUCCUGCAUUGUAUACCCGGCAACCAGUUCCAGCCCCUUGACAGCCCGGUCACCCCUGAUGUCUUCCAGCUGGCCCCUUUUAAAACGCCAGCAAAAGAAAGUCGGAUGGCACUCAGCAGCUCCUCCGCCUGUGCGCCUCACAGACCUGCUGAGGCGUCCGAUGUUUUCCUCCAGGCACCGUUUGGAAAGAGGCAGGAAACCACCAAAGCUGUUUCUAGUAACACUCACAUGCUUAAGUCUGCUGCACACCAGAUCCGGCCCAUCAAACAGUGUCACCUGGUCCCAGUAUCAUCUCCUCCUGCUCCUCAGUCUCUCAGUGCUCGUGCCCCCCAUGUGCACACGGAGGCGCCUCUGCUCCAGCAGCCAGUGGCGGUGCACCGCGUCGUCUCCAGGAUCGGUCAGCAGGCCGCCGUUGGUUCGGUCGCUGUGGGGCCUCUGCACGCCUGGACCAUCGGGGGACGGGCACUGGAAGACCCGUUCACUGCCGCACCUUUUCAUCCGAGAUGCUCUCAGGGGAAACCUUGAUUUAAAAAAAAAAAACUAAAACGUUAGAGGUCUUUCAGCCAAAGUACAGUUGAGUCGCAGUGUUACGCAAAUUCCUUGUGUAGUUAUACUUUUGUCAUUAUUGCCACAGUAUUAAGACAAGUAAAUUAUCCUUUAACCAACUAUGUACUUGUUGAAGUUCUACCUCAGUCAUGUGAGUGCAUCGUUUCAGCACUUUAGUCUGAACUAAGACUGAGUUCUUAAAAUGGACCUGAAGGAUCGAUCCUCGACUGAAGAUAUCAUGAAGGGUUCUGAAGAGCCCAAUCUGUAUUUUGUUUUUAUGUAUGAAUAACAGUUUUAUUCAAAUCAUGAUAAAAGUACGGUAGUAGUGUCUCUCAAUUUAUCAAAAUCGAAAGUGGGUCUGUUUGACUCAGACCUUUACAAACAUUAGUUUUUCUAUAAAUAUUUAACACUAUAACUAGAGAUAGGUUUCAUAGUCAGUAAGUCAGUUGAGCAGUGGUGGCAGGUUCUGUUUUAAAGGUAUAUAAGGCAGGAUUUUUCUAAAAGAGCGUAAAAAUGCUCCCACUUAAGCACUUACAAUCGACUAGAAGUGUGUGGCCAGUCUGUUUCUUUAGAGACCCCGCCCUCUGGCUGUAUUUUAUUUAUUUUUUUCAUUAUUAUUUAGCCGCGUCCGUGAUGUUUCCGGGUGUCAGCAAUCCUGUAGAUGGAUGAUGGUGAUGAUUGAGUCUCAUUUCAGGUUCUUCAAAUCACAGAUGAUUUUGGUUGAUGGCUCGCCACUCCGGAGCAACCAACUUUGUAUGGUGUGUUUACAAACAGCAACCGGAAAAAUCCUGCACCGCACACGUUUAAAUCUCUGUAGCCGUUUACCCUUUCGUAUACAUUUACUGUAGAUUACAGAUUGUGCCUUGGUGUCAAUGCAGGCCUCAGCGUCAGCGCUGCAGAAGAUACCAAACAUUUUGCUGCAAGCCAAAGAAACCUUUGGAAAUGAAGUGCAAUGGUGUGAAACAUGUUUCCACACAGUUGAAUGAAAGGACAGAACAUUUGUUUUUGGGGUUUUUUUUUACUUUCACAUUAAAAACAUUUUAGAAGUAUUUUCAGAAAAGAGAUGCGAGUUACCCAAAAGGGCAGGUCACUACAGACCUUUAUACUGGAACCUGUAUCACAGGAUUUCAAGCUCAAUUUAUUGUCUUGAUGCUUAAUAACUGUUCGCAGGUUGCUGCUGCAACUUUCCCACAAACUGCAACAUUAUAGUUCUCUUGAAGGAUUUUUAUGAUGUGAUAAUAUCUGUCUUCGGCCUUGGUGUUUUAAGUGAUGCAUAUCAUGUGUGUGUGUGUAUUGGAUUCAGUCCAAAUGCAUUCUCAAGAAGAUGUGUUAACAGAAAAGUGAUAAGAUUUUAAAUAAUGCUUCUGAUUUUGCUUCGGCACUUAUUGACCUAUUGGAAACCAUGCUGCCUUUGCUAGCAGUAUUUUUAUGUUUCUAUAUCAUCUGGCAAUUAAUACUGGAUAUUAGGAAUGGUUGUUAGUGAAGAUAAAUCAUUGAACUGUAUUUUAUUAAAGGUUUGUAAACAUAA